AACACACACCCACAGCACCCCUUCAUCAACUCAUCCAGUCGAGCAGAAUCAAAGUCCCUCAGAUGAGCUCUGCUGCUGGAGGAACGCAGCUCUUACACCAUGAUCUCACUCUUCUUUCUCACAGCUCUGGUGCUUUGGCUUGAUGCAGCUCAUGCACACCGCAGCGCACUGAAUGAUUUCCAGCGAUCUGAGGGGAGAGAGCUCGUUCUCAAAUCUCGUCUGACUGAACUUCCGGCGAUCACUUUGGAGGAUUGUGCUAAACGCUGCACAGAGAGUCCAGAAUGCAGAGCUUUCAAUUAUGAGUUUCGUCCAUCUGUGGUGUGUAAACAUCUGCCCUGGGUGGGUGACGGAGACAAUGCAGACGUCAAGAGAAACGUGAACUGUGACCUUUAUGAGAUGAAAGUCUAUGUGAGGAAGUGCAUUGUGGGUAAAGGAGAAGACUAUCGAGGGAAAGUGUCGACGACUAUGAGUAAACGAACAUGUCAGCAAUGGUGGUCGAAAUUCCCUCAUGACCACAGAUGGACUCCGUCUGCUACUAAUGGCUUGGAGAUGAACUAUUGUCGUAAUCCAGAUGGCGACCGCAUCGGCCCAUGGUGCUACACGACUGACCCUGAACGCAGAUACGAGAGCUGCAACAUCCCCCAGUGCAAAGAUGAGGUGUGCAUCACUUGUAAUGGAGAAGACUACAGAGGUCAGGUGGAUCACACGGUGAGCGGUAAAGAGUGUCAGAGAUGGGACCAACAGUAUCCUCAUCAACACAUCUACCAGCCAGAAAAAUAUCCUGAUAAAAGUUUGGAUGAUAAUUAUUGCCGUAACCCGGACGCAUCUCCGGUGCCCUGGUGCUACACCACUGACCCGACGGUGGAGAGAGAGAGCUGUGAUAUAAGCAAGUGCCCCGAGUCUCCCAAGCGUCGUUCACGCCCCAGCUACACCACUAAUUGUUUUCGGGGUCGUGGAGAGGACUACAGGGGCAAAGUCAACGAAACAACCUCUGGAAUCCCCUGUCAGCGCUGGGAUGCCCAGAAACCCCAUGAACACCCAUUUUUCCCCAAAACCUACGAGUGCAAGGGUCUGGAGGAGAACUACUGCCGUAACCCGGACGGUUCAGAGGCGCCCUGGUGUUUCACGUCUGUCUCUGAGAUGAGGACGGCUCUCUGCCUGCAGAUCAAACGCUGCUCUGAUGACAUUGAGGCUGAGGACUGCUAUAAUGAAAUCGGCAAAAACUAUCGGGGUGUUGUCCGCAAGACUCGUAAAGGUAUUCUCUGCCAGAAAUGGAGCGUCAAUACACCUCACAAAACCAAGAUAAACCCCAAAACACACCCAGAGGCCAACCUGACCGACAACUACUGCAGAAACCCAGACGGAGACCACCACGGACCCUGGUGCUACACCUCUGACCCCAAGACUGAAUUUGACUACUGUGCCAUCAAGCAGUGUGCUGGAGAGAAAGUGCCAAUAAUCGGGCCAACAACGGAGGUUGUGUUUAACGAGUGUGGAAAGCGGGACGACCGCCAUGUGAGGUCCUGGUUAAGGAUAGUGGGCGGCACACCUGGAAACUCUCCCUGGACCGUCAGCCUUAGAGACCGUAAAGGAAAUCACUUCUGUGGAGGAUCUCUGGUCAAUUCUGAAUGGGUCAUCAGCACCAAACAGUGCUUUUCUUCCUGUUAUGUCGACCUCACGGGAUAUAGUGCUAUGAUGGGAACCUUGUUCCGUGAUCCAAAGGAAGGCGAACCCGACAGACAAACCAUUUCUCUCACCAAGAUCGUCUGCGGCCCUUCUGAAUCCCACCUGGUCAUGCUUCAGCUAGAAACUCCUGCCCAGUUUAAUGAGCGUGUGUCUCAAAUAUGUCUUCCUCCGGAGCGCUACAUCGUGCCAGAUGGAACCAUCUGUGAAAUUGCUGGUUGGGGAGAAACAAAAGGAAAGGGGGAUGAGACUGUGCUCAAUGUGGCUCAGAUGCCUGUACUGAGCAAUAAAGAAUGUAACACAUAUUUCAAGGGUCGUGUCCGUGAGAACGAGAUGUGCACCAAGGCCUUCCAGGCUGGAGUGGGCGCCUGUGAGAGAGACUACGGCGGCCCUCUGGCCUGUCAGAACAGCGAUUGUUGGGUCCUGGAGGGAGUCAUCAUACCAAUGCGCCGCUGCGGACACGCCGGCCAGCCAAACAUCUUCAUCCGUGUGUCUGUUUAUGUGGAUUGGAUUAAGAAGGUCAUGGAGAUGACCUAACUGACAGACCAACUCAUAACACAGCAGCAGCAUGUCUUUUACGAGACGUUUCACACUGCCUGAUCUACUAAAAUAUAUAUAUUAAGUGGAUAGAAUGUAAUAUACUUAAAAAUGUGUUUUUAUAAGAUUAUGUAAGCAUUUUUUGUAUCGUUCUGAAUUUGGGGGGGUUUAAUUGACAUAAGCUUGUAUGCUUGCAUUUGUGGAACAUAUGGAUAAACAGGUGCACAUAAAUUUACAUUCAAACUGACAUCACCUGUCUGAAUUAUACAGAACUUAUUAUUAAACAUGUAAUCCCUAAAAGGACUGUCAUUUAUGCAUGACGCACAGAUUUGUUUUAGUCUUUGUUUUGAGUUAUUGUUUUUACAAAAUGUGCAUUAAAAAUGGCCAAAAAUUUUAGAAAACACAUUUGGAUGUACAAGAAUAUUUUUAAAAGAUUAAAUUUAUAUGCAUUUUCUAGUCUAGAAUGAACUCACUAUGGUGCAUUAACAGCAUGUGACCUAACGUGCUAAUGGCACCUUCACUUCCUUUUUGCCAAAAAUGUUAAGCACACAGCAAAUAGAUUUUAAUUUUAUUUGCUGAAGGUGAUGUCAUAUAUUACUAAAAAUUCUAAAUUUUUUGGUCAAACAUUAUUAUUGUAUUUUAAAUGCAAUUUUCCUUGCAUGACGUUGUCCAUAUAUGGAGCGUAGGCCUACAUUUUUGACAGAACAUAGUGAUAUUGCGGUAUUUUUGCAUGCAAUAAAUGAGCCUACACGGUGACAGGAAAUAAACAAUAGUCAAUAAGUAAAAAACACUUGUGUGCCUACCUUACCUUACAGAAGCUUGCAAUUAAGUUGCGGCAAGUCACUGUCUUAAUGGGUCAUUGAAUCAGUCAAUUCCUUCAGAAACAUUUUCUUUUCCACAUUUUCAACAUUUUCAAAUCCACUUUUGCUAGUUUAACGACAGGAAAAAUGGUUGCCGCACCUAGCGCAUGGUCUAAAAGGGUUGUCCCUAGUCUCUCAAUGAGUAAUGGGUGUGUUUUGGGCGUAACAUGCAAUAAACCAAUCGGAGUCUCAUCUCCCAUUCCCUUUAAAAGCCAGUUGCGCUUGUGCCAUGGUGGAUUGCUAUUUACAUGGCAGAAUUUGCAAGCGAUAAAACUGAACGCUUCUCUAGCGAGGAAACAGAUCUGCUCGUGCACGAGGUUAAAGCAUGCGAGCAGACCAUCUACGGGACAAGCCAGAUUCCACCAAAGCAUUUUUAUCUUUAUGCACACAAUAAUAAUCUUUUACAUUGUAAUCCUUUUUAAUAUUUGGCAUGUUUGUGUGCUGCUGCACAUCCCUGUAUGUGUAACAAGUAGAGUGUACUCUCCAAAAAAUAAAUACUGAGCCACUGACUUUAGACAAGGUUUCAGUCGGUCACUGGCGCAGUCUAUCGGUUGCCUCAAAAUAGCAACACGCCAGCAAUGCAUCUCAACACCUCAUUUUCAGACCAGCACGCCCAUGGGUGCACAAAUGGGUGCAAAUGCAUUUGCUAUUUAAACAACGUGGUGCAGGAUGUGAAACUGAUAACUAUGCAGGCUGAAACUAGCAAAAAACACUUGCAUCGCGCCUGGUGGCGCAUUGUGCCGGGAUGUAUGAUAGGGCCCUCAACAAUAUGUGUCUAAAAUGUAAGUUGCCUAAUAUUAACUUCUUGUUUAUUUAACUGUAGUAAAAUAUCAAUAUCAUAUGUGCAAUUUGCUUUUCGGGGACAAAUACGCAUUACCAUUCUGAUACAUCGACUUGUAGACGACCCUGUAUAAUUUGCUCUUCCUCUUCUUUUGAAUCAGUUUCUGGUUCAAACAUAUAUGGCUGAAUUAAACCAAUAUUUCCACUUUC